AUGCAAAAACGACAAUAUACGCCUCUCCCAACUAUUACUCCUUCACCAAACUCUCCUCAGGGAGUGAGUAGUCCUCAAAUCGAACCUCAAAUCCCUGGCAGACAACGUACGAAAGGAAAGCAGCCGAAUAGAACAACAAAAACUUCUCAAAAGCUUAAGUUGUUCCCUGCAGAACAAGAAGCUGCUCCUCCUGCUGUAACAAAUGAAACUUACAAUCAAAUUGGACAAUUACCUAAAGGUACUGCUCGAAUUGAAGCAGAAAAAUUCAGUAAACAAGAGAGGCUUCUACUUCCUCGAGUAACCGCCUACUGCACUGCCUCAGCUUAUCGGCUAGAUGAGUUAUUCAAGAAUCUCCAAAGCCGAAAAUCAACAAACGGGUCAACGCCUAAACGUUUUGAUGAAUGUAUUUACACUCCGUUUACCUUCAAGACACCUAAACCGCCUGUUGCUGAUCUUUUGGGUCUUGAUGAUUCAUUGCUCUCACCUCUUUUACAAGAACAUAUCUCUGAAGUAUUCUUCUUUGAAUACGGCGUCGUAGUGAUAUGGGGUAUGAAAGAAGACGAGGAGAAGGAUUUAUUGCGAGAACUUUUUCCAUUUGAAGACGAAAAAUUGGGUUCCGAAGAUGUUGAAACCGAAGAAUUUCAUUAUCACUACGCUGCAUCGUAUCAACCAAGAAUUUAUAAUGAUGUGAUAACUCUUAAAAAUGCCGGCAAUUAUAUGGUCAAACUUACAAUAUCUCAUGCUAUUGCACAAUCCGUAAAAAUGACUUUAUUUGAAGGAUUGAUUGAAGAAACAAUUGAAGCGACUAAACAUAUUCCACAAACUAUGGCUGAGACAGGAAAAGUUCAAAUGUCCAGAACGGCCAUUACCAAGAAAAUCGGACAGUUGUUCAUUAUGAGAAUCAAUGUAAAUUUGGUUAGUAACAUUUUAGAUACUCCAGAAAUAUUUUGGUCAGAGCCCUCAUACGAACCUUUGUACACAGCCAUAAGGGGUUAUCUUGAGAUUUCGCAACGCGUAGAAUUAUUAAAUCAAAGAGUAGCCGUAAUAAGUGAUCUUUUGGACAUGCUUAAAGAGCACUUGACGAGUUCUCACGGUUUGUGA